AAGGCUUCCUUCAGUUUGCGGAAUAGAUCGGUCGGGAACACAAGUGCUGGGACCAAGAUCCUCGCCAAUCACUCCAUCGGAAACAGAGUCGAUUAUCGUCGUUGUCGUUGUCGAGCGCGCGCUUUGGGUCGUCUUGCGCAAUGAAAGAGCCGUUGCUACUGAUCAUAACGAUCGCGUCUCAGCUGAUGCACGCGGUCAGGGAAUUCCCGCUGUCGGUGACGGUGCUGCUUUGCGUGGUGACCCUUGCGUGGUUUUUCUUCCAUAAUAGCAACGGUAGUGGUCAACUAUUUUUGAAGACUUGGUCGCGGACCAGUGAUGGUUCGCGGAAGAAAAGUGUCAAACAUUACCUGAACCAGUUGCCGGGGCCGCAGUGCGUUCCCCUGCUGGGCAAUUCGCUGCUGAUGGCAACCGAUCGAGAAGACAUGUUCAACCGAAUGCUCACAGCACGCAAAAUCUACGGUCGCAAGCAGGGCAUGUGCCGCAUAUGGAACGGCCGGAUGCCGUACGUACUGAUCUCGAAAGCCGAGGCUGUUGAACGCAUCCUUGCUGGCAGCAUCAACGUCGAAAAGGGACGAGACUACGAGUUUCUACGGCCGUGGCUUGGCGACGGAUUGCUCACCUGUCCUGGCUCUCGGUGGCACAAACGUCGAAAGGCUCUCAAUCCAACGUUCAACUAUAAGAUGCUAUCGGACUUCUUGGAGGUGUUUAACCGGCAAGCGCAAACAAUGGUGCGCGUGAUGGGGAAAGAGCUGAGAAACGAGAACGGAUUCGAUUGUACCAGAUAUGCCACGCUGUGCUCACUGGAUAUUUUAUGCGAAACUGCAAUGGGAUGCCCCAUUUAUGCUCAAGAGCAGUUCGGGUCGGAAUACGUCAAGGCGCACGAAGAAAUCGGACAUAUCAUGUUGGAGCGCUUGCAGAAAAUCUGGCUGCAUCCAGACUUCAUCUACAAGCGUACAGAAUACUUCAAACGCCAGGUUGAAUGUUUGAAAAUACUGCAUGAGUUCUCCGACAGUGUUAUAAAAAAGAGGAGGUUGCAGAGAGCAGCCUCUAUGGCCAACAAACAAGUUGACAAUACAUCAGAAGUUGGGCAAAAACGACAGUUAGCAUUCCUUGAUUUAUUACUCGAAGCAACACAAGAUGGGCAACCGCUCAGCGAUCGUGACAUCCGCGACGAAGUGGAUACGUUCAUUCUGGGAGGUCACGAUACUACGGCAACCGCAAUCGGCUGGUUUCUCCACCUCCUCGGAUCGAAUCCUCUCAUACAGGAUCGAGCCUUCGAGGAAAUUGACUCCAUCAUGGAACACGACUGCGAGCGAUCGCCAACGAUGAUCGAACUGAACGAGAUGAAAUAUCUCGAAUGCUGCAUCAAAGAAGCUCUCCGACUGUUUCCCAGCAUUCCGAUCAUAGCACGUAAACUGACUGAAUCUGUUUCCGUUGGAAACUACACAAUCCCCGCCGGAACCAACGCCGUUAUCGUAGUCUACCAGCUGCACCGAGACGGUAGAUUUUUCCCAAAUCCAGACAAGUUCGAUCCGGAUCGCUUCCUGCCGGAAAAUUCCCAGCAACGUCACCAGUACGCCUACAUUCCGUUCAGUGCCGGUCCGCGGAACUGCAUCGGGCAGAAGUUUGGUCUGCUUGAGGUGAAGGCUGUGGCGGUGGCAUUACUGCGGAAGUAUCGCAUCGAAUCGCUUGAUCGACGGGAGAAUCUAACCUUGUACGGUGAACUGGUGCUGAAGACGAAAGACGGCCUAAGAAUUAGCAUUUCUCAAAGACAGUGACUAUCGGCUCGAUUAAAACUAAGCUCAUCCGUGUGAAUCGUUCCGCGCUAAUUUCCGUCCAAUAACUCCGAUGGGACUGUUGUGUUUUCUGGUGACCGAGGUGCCAAGUCAAGUUCAAGAUUGUGCCGUAUUUUUUCGAUGUUUGGAUUGACAUUUAGCGUCUGUAAAUUCCAUCGUACUACUACCGGCAUCAAACCGCACACUGAAGUCUCACCUCGCCGAUACAUGCAGGAAGGAAAUAAAUCUUAUCGACAACGCGCUAAACUGGUUGAUGAUAACAACUGAUAGGAAGAUUCACGCGAAGCUGUGAAGUUGCAUUUGUUUCGCUUGAAUAGGUUUCAGCAGGUGGACCGUUCCCGGACGCGAAUGGACGAUCGAAACUAAACCACGUUACCGGGUAAGUUGAACUCGGAAGUCCAGUUUUGAAUGACGGAUCAAAUUAAUUAGGUAAAGGAGAGGGCGAACCAAGACUAAGCUUCCUCGUUGUGUUUCCAGGCCUCAGAAAUGCAAUGCCAACCACCGUAAAGGUUCCCCCAAACACACGCGAUGCGACAGUCGCGACGCGAUUCUAUCGCUUGGUAUCGGUUGGUAUGGUAGCGUAAAUAGAACAUUGCCUGCAGCGACCCGACGAUAGAAUCGCGGCGACUAGUUGUCGCCGUCGCGGCGAUGAAAUCGCUUAGGUCUUGGGGAGCCUUAAAAGUGGGUGGCAUUAAAUGAUUUCUUAAUAAUAUGGAUGAAAUAAUAAAAUGAAAUCUGAAGGCCAACUAAUUAAUUGAGUAUAUUAAACGUACGAGAUGAACCAGUCCCAGACUCGUUGAUAAAGACAAUCAAUCGAUCAAAUAUAUUAAAAUAUUUAAAAAAAAAAAUGUAAGCGCAAAUAUUUGCGUAACAAUUUUGCUGAGGGGUUUCAUGUUUCUAAUGGAUAAUCAAAAAGUAUUGUAGCUGUACUAAACUCAAUAAACGGAAAAAAUA